CAUGGAGUCCAUGGCGUCGUGUCUGCGUCUAUAUUGCAACGAAUCAAUUCUUCGACUACUGCGUUAUGGCAACAAUUCUAUUCAACUGCAUUUUCCUAGCCAUGACUGAGACUGUGGAGGAAGCUGAAUAUAUCUUCCUAGCCAUUUACUCGAUUGAAAUGGUAAUCAAAAUCAUUGCCAAAGGCUUUUUGCUCAACAAGUAUACGUAUCUGCGGAAUCCAUGGAAUUGGCUGGACUUUGUGGUCAUCACCAGUGGAUAUGCGACAAUUGGCAUGGAAGUUGGCAAUCUUGCCGGACUGCGGACAUUUCGUGUGCUCCGUGCACUGAAGACCGUUUCCAUUAUGCCUGGUUUGAAGACCAUUAUCAAUGCACUGCUUCACUCCUUCCGCCAAUUGGCCGAGGUCAUGACCUUGACCAUAUUCUGUCUCAUGGUCUUUGCCCUCUUCGCCCUGCAAGUUUAUAUGGGCGAAUUGAGGAAUAAAUGUGUUCGCACUCUGCCCACUGACUGGACAAAUAUAUCGCACCUGGAUUGGCGUCUAUGGGUCAAUGAUACGGACAACUGGCUGUACGACGAUGAGGAGAUGCCCAUGUUGUGCGGCAAUCUGACAGGUGCUCGACACUGCCCAAUUGGCUUCAUGUGCAUUUGUGUGGGUGAGAAUCCCAAUCACGGCUACACGAACUUUGACAACUUCAUGUGGUCCAUGCUCACAACAUUCCAACUGAUUACACUCGACUACUGGGAAAAUGUCUAUAAUAUGGUGCUUGCAACUUGUGGUCCAAUGAGUGUAAUCUUUUUUACAGUGGUUGUGUUUUUUGGCUCAUUCUACUUAAUUAAUUUGAUGUUAGCUGUAGUCGCGUUGAGUUAUGAGGAGGAGGCGGAAAUUACAAAUGAGGAGCGUAAAAAAGAUCUGUUGGAUCAUCGUGAAGAUUCAACGUUCAGCUUUGAUCCCUCAGUGCUGAAUGUGAAGAAGCUCAACAAGAAUACCAAGAAGAAGAUCGAUUCCCGCAAAGGAGUGCUCCUGGCCUCAUACAGCAAGAAGAAGACACGUCGAAAAAAGACCAAAGGCGGCAAGGAUAACGUCAGUAACAAUGGCAGCAAUGGCAACGAGCAGGAACACAAUAAUAAAUCGCAUUCGGCGACGCCGAGUCCAGGACCAAGUCCACGUCAUAGCACCGGAGAACGUCCUACAGCCUUGACAUUGCAGGCUCAAAAGCAAUACCAACAAAUGGAACAGCAACAACAGCAACAGCAGCAACAAAAGGAACAACAACAGCAACAGCAACAACAACAGUUGGUCAAAAGCGAACAAACUGCGGCAACAUCACAGCAACAAAAGACACGCAUUAGUUUCCGGGAGGGGAAUGUGAAGAAUCCGAAUAUGUUGUAUCCCUCGGAUUACAAGGGUCAACUGAUAACGAGCAGUCGCCAAACCAGCUCCAAUUCAAGUGGCGGCGUUAAUCGCGAGUCCUCACAGGAUGAUUCCGGUGUUGUCGAUGAUCACGAGGAACAGGAACAGGAUACGGUUAAUGAUAUCGGACAUGUGUCCACUGUCGAAUUGGCAUUAUCUCCCCGGGAAGUGCGUCUAAUUAAAUGCAAUGGAAAUAUUGCACGCAUCAAGAAUCACAAUGUCUAUGCUCUACAUCAGGAAUUCUCCUCGGAGGUGGUCGUUAUUGAUGAUCUGCCAGAUCGCAACUUUGAUCGUUGUGUACAUUGUUGUGGCGACUAUGAGAGCUGGCUGCAAUUUCAGAACUGUCUCUAUAAGGUGGUACGGGAUCCGCUUUUUGAACUGGCCAUAACGCUGUGCAUUGUGUUGAACACGGCAUUUCUGGCCAUGGAACAUCACGGCAUGAGUCCGAGCUUCCGGAAUGCAUUGGAUGUGGGCAACAAGGUUUUCACAUCGAUUUUCACAUUCGAAUGCAUUGUAAAGUUGAUGGCGCUAUCAAAGGAGUUUUUUCAUUGCGGCUGGAAUAUUUUUGAUCUACUUAUUGUGACUGCCAGCUUGUUGGAUAUUAUAUUCGAGCUGGUCGACGGAUUGAGUGUACUGCGUGGUCUGCGCUUGUUGCGUGUUUUAAAGCUGGCACAGUCUUGGACAACGAUGAAGGUGCUGUUGAGCAUCAUAAUAUCGACAAUUGGUGCACUCGGCAACCUCACGUUGAUCCUCGUCAUAGUCAUUUACAUAUUCGCUGUGAUUGGCAUGCAAUUGUUCUCCAAAGAUUACACGCCUGAGAAAUUCGAUCCAGAUCCAGUGCCAAGAUGGAACUUCAAUGAUUUCUUUCAUUCGUUCAUGAUGAUUUUUCGCAUUUUGUGUGGCGAAUGGAUCGAACCUUUGUGGGACUGCAUGCGUGCCGAAGAGGAGCAAGGAGCUUCCACAUGCUUUGCCAUUUUUUUACCCACUUUGGUAAUGGGAAACUUUAUGGUUCUCAACUUGUUCUUGGCCCUGUUGCUCAACAGCUUCAAUUCCGAGGAGCUGAAAUCUAAGAAAGAGGAGGUGGGCGAAGAGUCAAAACUCGCUCGUAGCAUUGAACGUGUCCGUGAUCUCAUACGGAAAAAGCGACAGGAGCGCAAGGAUCGCAAGGAGCGAAAAUUUGCCGAAAAGUUUCAGCAAAUUGUGCUCGAGGCACAGCAGGCACAUCAUGCCACCACAACCAGGGAAUUGGGCACCAGGGAUGUCGACAAGCCCGGUCUGCUGGCGGAAACAAAGUUCCAUAGAUUAAGCUAUCAGGAAUCUAUGAACCGUCCAGUGUCUGGCUCGGACUUUGGCUUUCAAAUUCCGCUCAGCGACGGGCUGCACACAAUUGUCGAUGGCCUGGAAUACGAGGAGUCUGCUCGACCAGCUGAUACCCAGCAAUUGCAAUUGCAACAGCAGGUGGAGCAGGAGCCUCACGAUAGUCUGCCUCCCACUUAUGAGACUGCCAUGCUGUCUGCCUCGAGCAAUGGAAAUGGUAAUGGGGAUAACCACAAUCUGACGCCAAGUCUUGUGAGUCAAGUGGAGCGUAGUCGACUGCAGCAUCAGAUCUCCUCGGGUGUGGGCACUCAGCAGAAUGAUUCUAGGGAUGAGGCCACCUAUACGGAAUCGAUUGAACUGCGUCUUUUGGGACAAUACAAUUCCACGGAUACAGAUCCCUAUGCGUAUGCGACAGAUCAACGCAGUGCUUCCCUCCAGGAUGCGGAUGAAGCGUAUCUCAAGUAUCAAAAAUCACUAUUAACACGUUCGCCAAGCUAUCGCAAAUCUCUGGAUCGUUUAUCCCAAUCCAGUGGACAAUCGCAGCGUUCCUUGUUGCCCUCGAGAAGUCUUAAGUCCGAUGAGAGCGCCAUGAGACGACAUUCGAGUGGACACUCUUUGAAUUCCAUAUCCCUGGAGCAGGAGGAGCUGCUCUCCCAAGCGAAUCUACGCGAAGAGUUGCUCAAUUGUGAUCAAAAAGAAUUAUUUCAGUUUCUGCAGGAAGACGAGGAUCUGUUCCGAGAGAAGAAACUUACAAACAACAGCAUCAAAUCGAAUCUCAGCUACAUAUCCAAUUCCAUAAUGUCACGGAACAAUUCGAGUCACGUUCACGAUCAGCAGGAAAGUGAACCGUUAAUGGAGCACUCCGAAUUCGACAAUAUCAUACAGAGUUUCGAAAAGGAGCUGGAGGAAAUAAAGCGUUCCACCAGCUCACUGGAACGAAAGAUCUCCACACUCUCGGAGCCUUCACCCGCGGCAGAUGAGGCGACAAAAGCGAUCAUGGAUCAUAUAGCGAUCAUUACUGGCGCCUCGGAGCGCACAACAGCCGAUGAGGUCGUACAUCCUUUGAAUCCCUACGAUAGCUAUGAUCUGUCCAGUGUGCCCAGACGAUCGCAAUCUGUCAGCGCUCAAGCCCAGCGACAAUCGGUCAAAUUGAAAAGACGCAGUCUGGAGAAGCAACGCAAGAUCGAUGAGGACUUUAGCAUAUCGAAUGAAAUACGCAAAAUCUGUGAUCAAAUCCAUGCACCAUUUGCUGCAAUGGAAGCUCUGGCUGUGGCAGCCACAAGUGGCAGCAAUGUCUCGCCAUUUAUGAGACGAAAAACUGAUCCAUUUAGCGUACAAUUCGAUCGCUUUAAGCGUCUGUCAUUAAUCGAGCGCGUUGAGGAACUGCCCGAGGAGGAUAAACCCAUUUCGACGCUACGCAUUGAGUCGGAGAAAAUGCCACGGAAAUUUCUGCACAAUGAUCCGCAGCGGCAUAUGGAUAGUUUAUCCUUAAAGAGCACCAAUUCCUAUGAGAAUUUGCUAAUACAAAAGCAAUUGUGCCGUGUGGAUGGCGUUGCUUUACCCGCAACACCACCUACAUCACUAAAGUCGAGCAUUGAGCCACCAACACUGGCGCAAAUUUCAUCACUCAAAGUGGCAACACCACCGCUGGCUGCCUUAACGGAGCAUCAGCAAAAUUAUCAUGCCACUCAAAUACAAACGAGCACACAAGAAGUUGACAUUACAACCACAAUGCAUCCGCAGGCUGUGGACGUGACGACGACGACGACGACGACAACGACCAUGACAACGAAAUCGUUAGGGAAAUCGUUAGGGAAACCAUCGCGUCAUCAUCGCGCCAACGAGCAUCCACAAUCGACACUAGACAAAGCCGCAUCCUUUCAAUCCGCUCGCACUGAAUCUCACAGCUCAGGGGCAGCGGAUAGUAUCGGACUCGGAAUCGGCAUGGGCAUUGGCAUGGGACUAGGAAUGCCCUCGGGCAACCUAUCAUUGUCCCAGCAAGAUCAAGAGAAGACUGAUACGAUGCAACAAGCACAGAAACCGGCAUCGACUUUCUCACGACUGACCGAAAAACCAUGGCAUUGUUUGGUUUCCUACGUAGACGAUCUCACUGUCGGUGGGAGACGUAACUCGCAGGGCGCUUACAAUGAUCCCAUGACUUUUCCGAGCUUCGGAACGGCUAAGCCGCCAAAAGUGCCAGACGAUUGUUUUCCCCAAAAGUGCUACGAUCACUUCUACUUUCGCUGUCCCUGGUUCAUGUCCUGCAUGGACACGCCGAGUGCCAAGCAUUGGACGCGAGUAAGGACGGCUGUCUUGACGGUUGUCGAUACUCCAGCCUUUGAGUGGUUUGUGCUAGUGCUGAUCUUUGCGUCAAGUAUUACGCUCUGCUUCGAGGACAUCUAUCUGGAUAGCAAUAAGACUCUAAAGCGUGUUCUCUACUGGACCAACUUCUCCUUCUGUCUCAUCUUUGUUGUCGAAAUGGUUCUCAAAUGGCUUGCUCUCGGAUUCUCCAAGUACUUUACCAGCUUUUGGACAAUACUCGACUUUAUCAUAGUGUUUGUAUCUGUUUUUUCUCUGCUCAUCGAGGAGAAUGAGAAUCUCAAGGUGUUGCGAUCAUUGCGCACUCUGCGAGCUUUGCGUCCGCUGAGAGCCAUCUCUAGGUGGCAAGGAAUGCGGAUUGUAGUAAAUGCUCUCAUGUAUGCAAUACCAUCAAUUUUCAAUGUACUUUUGGUUUGUUUAGUUUUUUGGUUAAUUUUCUCCAUAAUGGGUGUACAAUUCUUUGGUGGUAAAUUUUUCAAAUGCGUCAAUGAGUUGGGCGAAUUGCUGCCAAUUACUGAAGUGGACGAUAAAGAAACAUGCCUUAAGCUGAAUUACACAUGGAUCAACUCGAAGAUCACAUUCGAUCAUGUGGGCAUGGGAUAUUUGGCUCUACUUCAGGUUGCCACCUUUGAGGGAUGGAUGGAGGUGAUGGCGGAUGCAGUCGAUGCCCGGGGAGUGGAUCUUCAGCCACAGAGAGAAGCCAAUUUAUAUGCAUAUAUUUAUUUUGUUAUAUUUAUUGUAUGCGGAUCGUUCUUUACACUCAAUCUAUUCAUUGGAGUUAUCAUUGAUAAUUUCAAUAUGCUCAAAAAGAAGUAUGAAGGAGGAGUGUUGGAAAUGUUUCUCACCGAAUCUCAAAAACAUUAUUACACCGCUAUGAAAAAAUUGGGACGAAAGAAACCACAGAAAGUUAUUAAGCGACCUAUAAAUCAUUUUUUAGCUAUGUUUUAUGAUUUAUCCAAUUCGAGAAGAUUCGAAAUUGCGAUCUUUGUACUGAUUUUUCUAAAUAUGCUUACGAUGGGCAUCGAGCACUACGAUCAACCACAUGCUGUAUUUUUUAUACUGGAAGUAAGCAAUGCGUUUUUUACCACAGUCUUUGGUCUCGAGGCCAUUGUGAAGAUUGUGGGACUGCGUUAUCAUUACUUUACCGUACCCUGGAAUGUAUUUGACUUUCUGCUUGUGCUGGCCUCCAUCUUUGGCAUUCUCAUGGAGGAUAUUAUGAUUGAUUUGCCCAUAAGUCCUACGUUGUUGCGUGUGGUCCGGGUCUUUCGAAUUGGACGCAUCCUGCGGCUCAUCAAGGCUGCCAAGGGUAUAAGAAAGUUGCUCUUUGCCUUGGUCGUCUCACUGCCGGCGUUGUUCAACAUUGGCGCUCUGCUCGGACUGAUCACAUUCAUCUAUGCCAUUUUGGGCAUGUCGCUCUUUGGCCAUGUGAAGCUACAGGGCGCACUCGAUGACAUGGUAAAUUUUCAAACAUUUGGAAGGAGCAUGCAGCUAUUGUUUCGCCUGAUGACAUCGGCGGGAUGGAAUGAUGUGCUGGAAUCUUUAAUGAUACAGCCGCCGGACUGUGAUCCGUUCUUCAAUAGACAAACGAAUGGAGAUUGCGGUCAUCCAUUGUUGGCCAUCACAUACUUUACGAGCUUCAUUAUAAUCAGUUAUAUGAUUGUGAUUAACAUGUACAUUGCCAUCAUCCUGGAGAACUUUAAUCAGGCACACCAGGAGGAGGAGAUUGGCAUUGUCGAGGAUGACUUGGAAAUGUUUUACAUACGUUGGUCCAAAUAUGAUCCACAUGCCACCCAAUUUAUACACUUCUCGCAACUGUCCGAUUUUAUUGCCUCACUCGAUCCACCAUUGGGCAUCUCGAAGCCCAAUAAUGUCGCUUUAGUGUCAUUUAAUCUGCCCAUCUCUAAGGGUAAUAAAAUACACUGUCUCGACAUUUUGCACGCGCUAGUUAAGCACGUGCUAGGUCAUGUCGAGGAGACCGAUAACUUCAAGCAGUUGCAGGAACAAAUGGAUGUCAAGUUCAAGAAACAGUUUCCAACGCGUAAAGAAUUGGAAAUUGUUUCAUCGACGCGGAUCUGGAAGCGCCAGGAAAAGGCGGCUAAGACCAUACAAACCGGUUGGAAGGACUAUUUGCGGCGUAAACGCGAAAAAGAACGGUCCAAUUCCGGCGACAGUGCCACACAAAACUCCAGUCCCGGCGGCUGGCAAUCGAAGCUCUCCGCCCUCAAUUUCUUCCAUCUCCAGGUGAGUCGUCGAGGAACUGCCUGCUCCAGUCGCGCCUCCUCCCGCAAAUCCUCGCGUGCCUCCGACGGAUCCGAUCUCAGUGAGCUGGCAGGACCUUGGCUGAAUCUUCCGCUGAUGCUUGUCUCUGGUGCCGAUGAUGUGGUCAAGGAUAUUAAACAACAAAGCGAUGAGCUGGGCAAACGGUAG